AUGGAGAACAUUGAAUGGGAAGAGUUAGAUAACUUGGCGAUGUCUUCUCCCAAGAAGAGACUUGUUCAGGCAAAGCCGAACCACGGUUCGACAGCACCACCCAGGGAAGGAAACAACAACAUCGAACUGGGAGAAUUCAACCUUGAGUUUUUUGACAAGCAGCUGGCCAAUUCGAGGUCAUUAUCUCCCGUGCGAUUGCCUUCAAGAAAUGGGACAAGCAUUGCAAACAAGGAGGAAAAGGUUACUAGCUUUCAAAAGGAUCACAGUGGUAGUGGAUUGAGCGGUAAUUCCCUUGACAAGAGUACCCACAAACACAACAGCUCGGGGUCUUCUGAUGAGGAGGUGGUCAACAUAUCUACCUCCUCUUCUUCUAACAAGUCGGAGGCUGAGAUAGCCAUACAAAAGGUCAAGGAUUUUAUUGAAAGCAAGAGGAAAAUGAUAAAAAAAGACACCAACGUAACAGGUCUACGAACGUCCUCGUCUAAGAAGGUGGGGAAAGCGGAACCAGGAAGGAGAGGUCCGGGAAAGGUGAAGGCGAAAAUUAAUCCUAGCCAGCAUCGGAAAAAUUUGAGAAGACUGAUACAUGAAAUUCACAAGCUACCGUACAACUCCGAUUGGAAUGCCAAGGAAUGGCAUUUGCUGCAGGAGUAUUUGAACGAAUGGAAGCUUAGUGAAGACGAUGACAUGUUUCAGCCGGUUGUUUUGAGGGAUCUUUUCAAUUGCACUGUUUCGGAGCUGGAAAUUCGUAUAGGCAGCUUGAGGAAGUUUGUACGCUGGAAAAAGAAAAAAGUGCAAGAGAAUGUUGCUAACUAA